AUGGGUGACCGACGUGGACAAUCGCCAACUGAAACAGGAGGACGAAGACCGGGAAGAGCUCAGAGAGCUAGAGGAAGAGGGCAAAAUUUGAGACGAGGUCAUAGCAGCCGUGUUCAAACAUCGAGGGCGGAAGCAGUAACCCGUACACAACAAUCAGGAGGAGCUCACGGUCGAAGUUCCAGAGGCUCUACUGGGAACCAAUCAUCUCGAUCUGGAAGGUCUAAAGGUGGAAGAGGGUAA